AUGUUGGUCCGUUCCGCCAGCGCAAGGGGAUCUGUGAUCCCCAUCCUUAUCCUUCUCGCAUGCAGCUGGCUGCUCGUCGUUCACUUCCACCCCCAUUGGGACUGGUCCCUAUUCACCGAAGAGCCACCAGUCGAGGUGGUCGUGGCCAGCGUCAGCUCCGAGGACACCACAUGGGUCCACCGCUUCCUCCCGGGUUGGGCCCGCAGCGUUUACGUCGUCGACGAGCCCACGGCCCCGCUGACGGUCCCGGAAAACAAGGGCCGUGAGGCCAUGGUAUACCUCACGCACAUCGUGGCCAACUACGACACGCUGGCCGAGACGACCGUCUUCAUCCACGCCUCGCGCUUCGCCUGGCACAACGACGACCCGGACUACGACAGCCUGCCGGCCCUGCGCAACCUCCACCUGGACUACGUGCAGUCCUCGGGCUACGUCAACCUGCGCUGCGUCCAGGUGCUCGGCUGCCCCGUCGAGAUCCGCCCGCACAAAGACGAGGCGAGCGAGUGGGAUCGCAGCAUGGGCACCGGCAGUGGGGGCCGUCCGCUCACCACCAAGGAGAUCUACAAGCAGGCGUUCCAGGAGCUGCUGCCGGGCGUUGAGGUCCCUGAGAAGGUCGGCGUCAGCUGCUGCUCGCAGUUUGCCGUCUCGCGUGAUACUAUCCGUAGCCGGCCGAGGGAGGACUACGUCCGCUGGCGGGAUUGGUUGUUGGAGACGGCUCUGGAUGAUGACUUGAGUGGGCGGGUGUUCGAGUACAUGUGGCACAAAACUUCACCGGUCCGUUGUGAGGCCGCUGAGACCGGCCGUGCCACUCCUUGUUAUAAACGUCGCUCGGGUGGUGGAUGGAUGGAAAUUGUUUCAUGUGAGCGCCGUAUUGGCGCUUGCUAA